UGAGAGUCCUCUGGGCGCGCGCGCGCGCGUCCGGCCGCGCGGUCUUGCGCAUGAGCAGAUCGGCCCGCGAGGGCGGAAGUGAGGAGUUAGUGUGCAGAGGUGGGGCUGCCGCGCUUGCCGUGGGGUGGGCGAGCGGCCGACAUGGCGAACCCCGGGAGUCUCGUAGUUCCCGUGGCCGUACUGGUGCUGUUGCUUUGUAGGGCUCCCUGGACCCACGGGCGGCGCAGCGACGUGCGCGUCAUCACGGACGAGAACUGGAGAGAGUUGCUGGAAGGAGAAUGGAUGAUAGAAUUUUUUGCUCCAUGGUGUCCUGCUUGUCAAAAUCUUCAACCAGAAUGGGAAAGUUUUGCUGAAUGGGGAGAAGAUCUUGAGGUUAAUGUUGCAAAAGUGGAUGUUACAGAGCAGCCAGGACUGAGUGGACGAUUUAUCAUAACUGCUCUUCCUACUGUUUAUCAUUGUAAAGAUGGUGAAUUUAGGCGCUAUCAGGGUCCAAGGACUAAGAAGGACUUCAUAAACUUUAUAAGUGAAAAAGAGUGGAAGAGUAUUGAGCCUAUUUCAUCAUGGUUUGGUCCAGGUUCUGUUCUGAUGAGUAGUAUGUCGGCACUCUUUCAGCUAUCUAUGUGGAUCAGGACUUGCCAUAACUAUUUUAUUGAGGACCUUGGAUUACCUGUGUGGGGAUCGUAUACAGUUUUUGCUUUAGCAACUCUGCUUUCAGGACUAUUAUUAGGACUUUGUAUGAUAUUUGUGGCAGAUUCCCUUUUUCCUUCGAGAAGGCGCAGACCGCAGCCAUUCCCUUCCAAAAAAUCAUUCCCAGAAUCUUCUCAACCUUUGAAAAAAGUGAAGGAGGAACACAAGGCCGAUGAAGAAGAUGUUUCAGAAGAGGAAGCUGAAAGUAAAGAAGGAACAAAUAAAGACUUUGCACAGAAUGCCAUCAGACAGCGCUCUGUGGGCCCUUCACCGGCCACAGAUAAAUCCUAGUUAAUUUUUAUAAAUAUCUUAAUAUGAUUUGGACACAGACAGAAGAUUAAUUAUUUCUUUUUGUUUGAAGUGAACUGUGACUUACAUACUGCCGCAUUCAGUUUGUGUUGUCAUUAGAUUGAAAGUUCUACCUUCAGAAAAUAUAAGUAGCACUGUGUAAAAAGUUUGAAAUAGGAUAUUACAACUGUAUGGAGGUUUAAACAAUUCUUUAAUUUUUGAAGAAUCUGGUGCCAAGCAAUAAGAUUUGUGUAUGUUUAAAAUAAUCUUUUUCAUAAUAAAAUUGUUCUGAGUUGAAAAAUUACAUUUUCCAGGUAUUGUAUUAUUUUGAGGUGUUUAAGGAGAUUACUUAGAGAAAAAGAUUGCUCAUUUGAUAAAACUUUUCUCAGUAACAGUGUGUGGAGAAAAAAACAAACAUAUAUUUCCCAUAAAUGGAAACUUGGCCCAUUGUCUCAAGAAAUAGUAUUUCAGUCACAGACAACUCUGUGGUCCUUUUAGAGAUAUAGUUCAAAAUUUUCUCGUAUUUAUAGAUUUUGAAACUAAUAAAAACUACCUUAUUUUAGUUACAGUUUUUUACAGGAUAUGCUACUGAUUUAGGAAGUUUUUAUAAGUUCUUGGUAGUGUCUUGAUUCCUAUAAAUGUUGGUUGCCUUUUUUUUCCUCUGUUCAAUGUAUUUUUCUUACCAUGGGUUACAUUUUUUCAUUUUCCAAAUUGGAUAAUAUCCUGGAAAUAGUUUUCAUGUUUUAUUAUUUUUAUUAAUCCUCACCUGAGGAU